AUGAGAUUGCGGUUUCAAACCGAGUGAUUGAAUUAGCAAGGGAAAGUAGUGGGAAAACCAAAGGAAGGGGGACAAAAAACAGCAGACGGACCAUUGGAGACUUGGCGGCUCCUACUCGGAACCGUCUGACCAGUGGAGUCGUCUCUCAAAAGCGCGUGCUCUCUCGGCAGGCAGCCUCAGUUUGGCGGAGAGCGCGUGUUGUUUCCUAUACGUUAGAGGGCGGACAAGGCCUGCGGCGUUGCUCGCGGUCCCUCAGAGGCCAUGGCUAUCGAUCGGUUCGACUAGAGGAGGCUGGUGGUGGUGGUGUGUGUGUGAUAGCAGUUGAGAGAGGGCGCAGGCCGGCGCCGCCUAACAAGCAUUCUUGGCGGUCUCUCACUGCGCUGGCGUGUCUCAUCUAUGUACUGACGACAGCUGAUUCGCGUACUGCUUCCCUAGAGUGACCACUCUGGUACUGCCUAGGCAGCUUCUGAGGCAUCCGGCCGCGCUGCGGAUCGUUUCGGCGGUUGCUCUCCCUCCUCUUUCGGCUGGCUGGCCACACCCCAUCCAGUUAGCAGCAGCCGCCGCUGCCGCUCUUUUGAAUCGGCGGAACACGAGCUCAGGAGUUGCUCUCGUCCUUCGCUUCCCAUGGAGAUUGAGAACAUCGUCGCCAACACCGUCUACAUCAAGGCUAGGGAAAGUGAGUUGUGUUUGUUUCCCAUGAUUGUUGUGUUCCUUUCUUUUUUUCCUCCUCUUCCUCCUUCCUCGUCGGAAAUUAGUUUCCGGUUUUCUAUUUUUUUUUUCCACGUGUCUGCGAGCCAAGGUUCAAGUAUUACAUUUCCCGGUUAAUUUUGCAGUAAAUUCAAGUCUACGUCUCCGCUCAAAUCAGUUUAACUUUUUCUUCUUUCCACUUUUCAAGAUUUAUUGGAAUUGUCAUUUUUCAUGACAACUGAUUCCAAUUUUGAAAAUCCUUAUUCCGCUGAACUGAAGUCAGAAAAAGGAACAGUUAACUUUUUAUUAGUUUAAGUUCUAUCAGAAAGUACAUCUGGUGACAAACCUGUUGGAUUGUGCCAACUCUUUCUGAUGUGAACGGUGAUUUUUGAAGUUUUUCCUUCCCCUAAAUUUUGGAUUUCGAAUCUCAGAAAAUGAAGAAAAAUUAUAAAAACUUUUUACAUCCAUAUUCAGCUAAUUUUUUUUCCUGUCCUGAAAAGAUCGUUAAAAUUUUUUUUUUCAGUUUUUUCAAACUCCUUAUUGAGUUUGAAAAAAUCGUUUGAGCUGCAAUCCCAAUUCUGAAGUAUUCAAUGUUUAUAACACGUUUUGAGGUAGCUAGCAUUUUUUUUUCAAAAUAUUCUCUCUCAAGACCUUGUUCGUGCUCGACUUUUCUGUGUAUUUUUGUUCUGAACAUCAUUUUACAAACCGAAAACAUGUUUACCGAUAAAAAAUAGGAAGAUUUAUUCUAAAAAAGUUUUUCUAAUCCUACAGUAGGCUCACUUCUCUAGAACCUUUCUUUCUGCUGACCAUGAUUCUGAUUUCCAACUUGUUUUGUAACUUACUCAUCAAAUUAAUCUGUAAUCAUAGUUGAUUAAUCAUUUGAUUUUCUUCAUAGAGAAAGUUUUCGCAGGUGGUGGGCAGAAGAAGGGCAAGAGCAAAAAGUGGAAGAACUACCUGCAAUUCCCACAUUAUACCGAAUGCCUCCCCAUCAAGUCGGAAAUUGAUGCAAGGUUUGUGGCUUGAAAAGACAUUAAUGAAUAUUCCACGUUGGUGAAAUGAAUUAUUCUCCAUAAUAGGUGGCUCGCCUCAGCGGAAGAAACCAGACCGAGAAGUAAAAAAAUGCCGAAAAACAAGCGGAUCAAAGUUACCUAUGAAUAAAUCUAGCGUUCCUAUUAUCUACCUACUUUUAUUCUGCUCAACAAACAGAUGUGUAGUGUAGUUUCAUGUAUAUUCUACUCAUAGUCGUUUUUGAGUACUUGAAAAUAAACAAUAAAAACUCUGAGAAAUUUGUUUUCUUUCUCAAGAAACUUUCAAAUUUCCUCAAGCUGAUGUGAAUCAACCAUGAGAACAAAGCAAGCAAAAGCAGACAUUUUCGAUUCUUCGAAGUUCGAUGGCGUGUUGCACUUUUUACAACCAGCAGAUGAUGUAAAAACGUCCUUGUGGGCCGCUAAUAACCUUGGACUUCCGCAUGUGAAUCAUUGAAAAAAUUUUGGAGAUUUAAAAUGUUUGAUCAUCUGGCUCAAGUUGUACAGCGUUAAGUUCGUGUUGAAAAAAGCGUCUUCUUGGAAAAAAAUCUUUUUGAGAAUCGCUAAACGCAUGCGUUAUAUGCAUUUAAAGUUCAGACUGAACCAUAGAGCGCAAGCCGUUUAAUGGUCGGUCGCUCUUUCAGUAUAAGCACAGUGUGCUGAGGUUUUCAUUCCUGAAACUAGUUUUCCGCAGUUCGGAGUAAUAUAUAAUUACGAACCCCUUGGAAAAAAGUUACUGAGUUCUUGGAGAACCUUCGUACUUUUAAUUUGCACCUUUGAUAUAAAUGGCAUGUCGGAAAACCUCCGGUUGAGAAAUUUUAAAAUUCUGAAGUAAUAGUCUUCCUUGAAAAUGGAAAGAUUUGUAGGUUUGAAGAAAAUUUUUCAAUAAGGAUUCACCCGGUUAAACAAAGCAUUUCUUAGUGUGCAAAUCAACUCUUAUUUCAAACUUGAUAAAAGGUUUUCCAAAUUCAUAAUUUUUCCAGUUAUGCCUACAUCGUGGAAAGACAACCGAUCGGCAAGCUGCUAUUUCAUGAAUUUUGCCAAUCUACCAGUUCUCAGUACCAUCAGUGCUGCGAUUUCCUGACCAAGGUUCGGCUUUUUCUCUGAUACACCCUACUGUAGUUUCAAAUGCUUUUGUUUUCUCCCAAAUAUUUUUCGUAGUAUCUGACACGAAAAUGUAAGUUUUUUUUUUCUUUCUUUGUUCUGUUUGUCGAUGUUUUUUGAGCCUGCAGACAACGGUAUUUGAACGCCCCCAAAAUUUUUUUCGCCAAAUAUCUUUGAGCUUCAGAGAAAAGGAAAUUGAACUUCCUUCUGUCACUGGGAAAAUAAGAGAAAUUUAAGAGCUCAUGGGAGGUUUUUUAGCUUUACGCUCUCCGCGUUCUCAUUUCUAAACAUGAUGCUAUUUAUUGGGAAGAAUGCAGUGGCUGUCAAAUUACGAGCUGUGCGAAUCAUCAUGAGGUCGAGAGACGAUUAAAAAUUGCGUCCUUCUUCGUAAAAACAUGGAGUUGAAUAUGAAUAGCCAGUCAAAGAUCAAAACCCGGUUAUUAUUACUUUUUUUUUCUCUCAGUUACUCUAAUGAGUUUUUUUUUCUCCUACUCUUAAUUGUAGCCUACAUUGAGCUGAAAUUUGAAUGCUUAAAAAUUAGGCCGAGUUGUAGUUUUAUGAGAUAAAGAUCUCGAACCAUUGAGAAAUAUGACCAAAAAUAGAGUUCACAUUAAGGUCGAAGAAUACGAAACAUCUGACGAUGACGGUCAAUCGCGAAGAGAUUUGGCUACGGCGAUAUUUGCUCUCUUGGCUCCCAACGGCGAAACUCCCUCAGUAAGUCUGUUCCAAAUAGUUUGAACAAGUUUUUUUUUCUCUUCUCUGGGCUUUCCUCCUCACUUUUUUCCACCAAAAACGAAUUUUCUCCAGCCUUGGGGAGUGCAUCAAGACGAUGUUCAUUUUCUUCACUUCAUUAUCAGCUAGUUCUUCUCUCUGAGGUCUUUCAAUGGAAGUUUCUUGGAAUGAAUGAACUAUGUUUGACAAAAAAACGCCUUUAAAAUUGGUUUAAGUGGCUUCCUGUAAAUGAAAUUAAAUACGAUAGAUAAUUUAUUUUAUCUCAAUUCAAAUAACUUGUUUUGGUGAAAGUUCAGUUUCGGACAGCCUUCUAUGCGUCCGAAAAUUCCAAAAUUAGCUUUUGAAAAGUGAGAUUCCAAUAUUUUCUCGAAAGAAGAGGUUACCAUAAACUCGAUUACUAUAGUGACCACUAAGUUGAAAAACCAUAAAAAUGACUGAAAAGCUCUUUUCAAAAAUCGUAUCUAUUCUUGUCGCGAGAUCUCCGCCUCAAAUCUCAUUGCACUUUUCUCUCCUAAAAGCGUGCCAAAAAUGGGAAAGAAAAGAAGAAGAAGAACUAAUUUUGCAGUCAUCGCAGGACGAGCACGCCGUUUGGUGCUCAUUUUUGCCUGAAGAUCUCAUCUCGACGAUGCUCGCCACCGCCGACUUGGCGACCCAUGAGAGCGAGCCGCGCAGCGACAUCUUCUCUGAACCCUACAGGUCCGCCGGCGUAAAUUUAUGCGAAAUGCGCAGGGUUUUCACUAGUUUGUGGAGAAAAUGUGGGAAAUGGACAAAAGAAAAAAAUAGCGGAACAUAUGGGAAAAACUUCAGAAAGCGACAAAAGGCUGUAUAUGAUUCAUUUGAAACAGUUAACUGAAGUUUCUGUGGAUGUGAGCGUUGUAAAGAAAUAAGUUAUUGGCUUCUCGAAAAUUGUAUCGAAUUUUUCAACCAAAUUUUCUAGUAGUGGAAACAAAAAAAAACUAAGUAUUCAAAUGCAUCAACAGAAAUUAUUAAAUUUAACCAAGCUGAUACUCUUUUGAAUAAAAAAAAAGGGUAAAUAUCUUUAUUCCAUGUCUCAAACUAGCGGUGAAUAAAAUUUAAACUCUUUUUCUCAAUAGAUCGCAUAUCCUUAUAACCUUGAUUCUUCAUCGAAAUGCUGUUCAAAGUUUCGAAAGUUGUUUUUGUCGAGCUAUUUUUAGAAUCUUGGAAAACGAGUGCAACUUUCGUAAAGAGGGCCGGCACAAAGGCCUUACGGCGGUCCACAAGUGCGCCAAAAUAUGAUAGUCUGUGAGACGUAAUCGAAUCCUCAGACGUGUCAGUUGUUCUCUUCUCGGAGGAAAAUAAAAUCAGAACAAAAAACGAAAAUGGGAUUUUAUUUUAGCCGCUUUUAAAUAGGAUAGAUUGGUUCUAACGUGAUUAAAGGGGAAUGGAAAUUAAUUAUGAAUUUUUUUAAUUUAUAAAAUUUUUUUGAUUUCUAUUUUGUUUGACUCUAAAAAGCUCUGGCCAGGCUGAGAGUUUGUUAGCGGUCGAGGCAUAGCGGUUGCGAAGCGGCUGCCUUGCGCUGCAACACAUGGCGACAUUCCAGACGCAUCCAAAACUUGUCGAGUUACCAAAAGAGAUAAUUAUUCAAAAAAUCUCGGAGUUCCAAAAAAAGUUGAGUUUGGCUCUGGAAUUUUUCAUGGCACUUUUCUUCGGAAUAUGUACUUUUAAACAUCUCAACAGCACAAACGAACUACAUUGAAGUGUUCCAGACAAAGUUUGCCACUUUUCCGCUGUUCUUACACCAAUUCCUAAAGACCACUGUUCAGCUCCAAUCUUUGACACACAACAGCGGAAGAAACUUUUUUUCAGUCUGGAGUUGCAUUCAGCUCUCCAAACGGAGCCGCGAAUCAGGCUAAUCGACGCCACUUUCUCCCGUUUUUGGUCCUUUUUUUCUGGCAAUCAUCUGAGAAAGGAACACUCAAGCUGCGUCAAAUGUGCCUCAUUUGUUUGGAGGAAGAUUCCUUUCUUGGCUGGGUACUUAGCCGACACGGCGGCAUAUGAGCACCCUUGCGAUAAGACAGAAGUUUCUGCAAGUCUCCUUUUUUGUCCUAAAAUGCGGAAGUUUCUCGUUUUUUUUUUUUGACAUUCAUCCUGCAAGCGGAUCAGAGCGGUGUCCACUUACAUAUCUUACAUAAGACUUCGAUUUGAUUUAGCCACUUCCGCAAGUUUUUGAAGUGCCUUUUUUUCGCAAGAAAAGCUUGCUCAAAAAAUCUGUGGUUUGAGAAUUAUAGUUAAACCGAGAUUCGGGAAGAAUUUUUUUUUAACCUUACUGCCUAGAAUUCGACGAAAAUUUAUUUAGAUUUCUCUGGGGUGCCUUUAUAGAAACCGCUUGUCAGCUCUCAUACUUGAGCCUUUUGUCAAGCAUUUUCACCGUUUGAGAAAAUAUUCCAUGUUUUUUUGCCAUAUGCCUUUUAAGCUUUUAAUGGGAGGGACGUCGAAUCGGAAAAAAUCUCCUUCCCACAAAAAUAGGGAUUUCUCAUAAUUGUCGGUCUCGGAAGGAUAAUUGGUAGCUUCAACCUGUCGGCGCGUUCAAAACCCAAACGAGCAUAGGAAAUCCGCUGAAACCAAUUAAAAAUCCCGAAAUUACAGGCUUGUCCGGGAUUUCCUGUCAGAAGAGCCGUUCAAGCUGUUCUCCGAGUCAUUUUACUUCUUUCGGUACCUGCAAUGGAAAUGGCUGGAGAAACGUCCAGUCGACAAACAUACUUUUCGACUCUACCGAGUUCUAGGGAAAGGAGGGUUCGGAGAAGUCUGCGCUUGUCAAGUACGUAUUUCCCAGUUUAUUAAUGAUUUUUUGGGUCUCUCGAUUCAAAAGGCUUGAAACCGCUUUUGUUCCAGUAGUGUAUGAGAAACAUGCCACCGAAGAAGAUGCAAAUAGAGUCUGAAAGGAUAAAAUGUAGAUGGACGGCUGGUUGCCUCUGGCAACAGCUCGAAAAUUCUGUUUUGUUUCUUAAAUCCGAAAAUUGUUGGCCGGCUCAGAUUUUUAUGAUGAUUGGGAUCGUGUCGUAAGCCUGCGUAGGAAGAAUAGAGGAUUGUGAAAAAAAAAUUGGAGAAAAAAUUUGAUCUGCCAAAAUUCAAAAUAGUCCUCUUUGAGGGGUUUCUUGAUGUAGAACGGAAAUCUGGAUAACUGAUAAUUUGAUCAUUUCAAUGAUUUAAUAAUUAUAAUUUUGAAGUGAAUAGUUUCUUUUGUUUUUUCCACUUUCUAUAGCCGAGACAUCCACUUUGGAAAAAUAUUUGGCUGAGAGUAACUAUUAGUUUUUCUUGUAUUUUUUGUACUUUUUCAGGUUCGAGCUUCCGGAAAAAUGUACGCACUGAAAAAGCUGGAAAAGAAACGAGUGAAGAAAAGGCAUGCCGAGACGUUGAGCCUCAAUGAAAAGCAAAUUUUGCAAAGGAUAAAUUCUCCUUUUGUUGUGAGUUUCACUGUGUACACUAAAAACUUGUAGCCUCUGUAGAUUAACAGAAAAUUUUGUAGUUUCAGGAAAAAAGGUGUCUGCUUCUUAUUUCCAUAGUUUUGCAUGAAAAAAUUGUAGCUUCCGAACCAGCAAAACGACUUUUUUUCUGUUUCAGGUGAGUCUGGCGUAUGCAUACGAGACGAAAGACGCUCUUUGUUUAGUUCUAACGUUAAUGAAUGGAGGUGGGUUCUUUUUUUUCGGGAAGUUUUUCUUUGGAAAUAACGAGGAUGGACGCCGUUUUUCCGCUUCCCCUGGGUGCUAUUAAUCGUCUGGAACGAAGUUGGCCGGGCCAGUCAUUUAGUCUGCAUCAAUCCAGACGUUUUAGCUAAAGUGCCAUUUCAUAUCUAAACGUUUUCCCUUUUUUGAAUGCUCAAUGGGGUUUAGCAUUAUGGAUGGAUAUGGAGAUUUAUCAACAAAAACAAGGCAAUUCGAAAGUUUUUUUAAAUCCGAACUACAGCAUAGCGAUUAAAGAAGAAUGAGCAACGCCUCUAUUUCGAGGAACUUCUUUUCACGUUUGUAGAAUCACCUAAUUUUUUUCAUGAAAAGUAACAUUUCUUGUUGUUUUUCACGAAUUUUGCUUCAGAAUUAGAGAAAAAUAAAAACAAUUUUGCAUGUAUAUUUAGACGGACUUCUUCACUUUCUCUCCUUGAUUACAGCCUGGGGAACACGGCGGGGGUUAUGACUUAGAAUAAGCCUUAAUUGCAUUUCACGCUUCUAUGGCAAACGUCAGAAGCAAUAAAUAAUGAGGGUUGCGCAAAUGCCAAAUGCUGCGGAGUGAACUGGAAAAGUUUAUUAGAACACAUUGCCGUUUUAAAGAAAAAGUCACGCUGAAAAUUAAAGCCAGUUCCUUUUUUUUCAGGCGAUUUGAAAUUCCAUUUGUACAAUUUGAUGCCGGGUGGAUUCGACGAGAAACGAGUGCAAUUCUACGCAGCUGAAAUAACCCUAGGCCUACAACAUCUGCAUAAAGAGCGGAUAUUAUACCGAGACCUGAAGCCUGAAAAUAUUUUGUUAGACGACUACGGUUAGUGGUUAAAGAUCAAAACACAGAAAAAAAAUGGAAAAUCUUUUUUAUUGCGAUCAAAAUAUUAUUAAAUUUCAGGACAUGUACGGAUAUCAGACCUUGGCCUAGCAGUAGAACUGAAAGAAAAUGAGCCCAUCAAAGGCCGAGUUGGCACUGUCGGAUACAUGGGUAAUUUUUUAAAAGACUUUGUGACUUAACAAAAAACUGUCCAAUUACUAAAUAGAACAUUUUUCAGCUCCGGAAAUCGUCAAAAACGAGCGAUAUUCUUAUGGAGUUGAUUGGUGGGGCGUUGGAUGUCUGAUAUACGAGAUGAUCGAAGGAAAGGUGAAAUUCCUGAUAUUUUCUUCGAAACUUUGGAAAAAAAAAUUUAGGCUCCAUUCCGACAGCGAAAAGAGAAAGUGAAACGGGAAGAAGUUGAACGGCGGGUGAGAGAAGAUCAGGAAAAGUAUUCCGACAAGUUCAGUGAAGCCGCCAGAACGCUUUGCAGGUUUGACCAGCCUCAAUAGAAAAGUUAAUAGAUUUUCAGGGGAUUGUUGCACAAAGAACCGACUUUUCGACUAGGGUGCCGGAGAGUUGGAAAGCCGGAGGAAGGAGCUGAGGAAAUCAGAGCUCAUCCAUUUUUCAAUGCGCCGGAUACCAACACUGGGCGAGAAGCCGUUCCUUGGAAGAAAAUGGAGGCUGGGAAGGUUUUUUCAUCUUUAACUUCAGAUUCGAAUUGAGAAAAUUUCAAGGUUACACCUCCAUUUUGUCCGGAUCCUCGAGCAGUCUACGCCAAGGACGUGUUGGACAUCGAACAGUUUAGUACUGUGAAAGGAGUCAGAUUGGACGCUAAUGACACCCAGUUUUACGGAAAGUUCAACACUGGCUGUGUCAGCAUUCCUUGGCAAGCUGAGGUCGAGAAAUGAAUUUUUACUGUUUCAAACGAUGAAGAUUUAGAUGAUUGAGACAGAGUGCUACGCCGAGCUGAAUUUGUUGCACGAAGAAGACGGGAGUUUAGUCUGGAACCUGAGAGCCGAUGGCUUUGCGAUAGAGGACCGGCGGAACGGCACCAGUAAACCUGGGUUUUUCAGUCGCAUUUUCCGACGGAAGGUGCGCACUUUUGACUGCUGCUCUCUAUGCUGAUCAUAUCAUAUCAUGUACGAUUUAUGACUCUUCUAGUCACGCAUUUUUCACUUCUUCUCAUUGUGUUCUGGUAGUCCUUUCAAGACAGCCUUUCCACAAGAUAAUCGAUUCGAAAUUCUCACAAGCUGUUAUGAAUGGACUAAAAGUCUUCAAGUUUUUUGUUCUGCAUUGGUAAUAUUUAUUGAGUUCCUCUUCAAACUUCUACUGAGCGAUCGCUAACUUAUGAUUUUUCUGUGUUAUUUCAUCAAAGACUGUACGCCUCGAUUCUUACGAUCCGUAAAAGCUAUUUUAUGGGUUGAUUUAAAUAUUUGGAAGCUACCGGUCUUCCCUGAUGGCGAAAUUGAACUUUCUGGUCGCAUGAAGAAUGGCUCUUGACGUGGAAAUUCCCUAAAAAAUCAGAAUUUCUUGAAACUCUAUUAAACAGUUUCUCGAGUAUCAGAUAAGUUUUUUGAAGGUUUUGUAUUUUCGUGUAUUUUGUGAACAAGAAUAUCGGAAGUCUAUACAAUAGAGUUAUUUGAAAAAAAAAAUUGAAAGAAAAGCGGUCGCGCAUGUAGGUCGAGACUUUUUGAUUAUAAAAUUCACCUUUUACAUUAGAAAGUGUUUCAAAAAAUUCUGAAGUUGCAAGGGACGUCAGGUUUCAGCAAGCGGGAAGUUUCCGACGCCAAAGCGCGACAAUCGCUUUAGGUCGGGUGCAGCGUCUCGGUGCCAAUCGUGCGACCAGAAAGGGUCAUUUUAAGACAACCAAAUCUUGAAACUUGAGUUAUUUUGUUUCUCAACUAUUUUUCCGGAUCGUUAAUUUUCGUGCAAAAAAAAUACUCGGCUCUUGUUUCUUCAUUUUUUUUGUCCUAUCAAUGCCCCUCUCUCGGCUCUUAUCGUUUCAAUUGCCAAGGCACAGCUCGCUGAUAUUCAGGAACCGAACUCUGCCGCUGGCAGAAGCCAAUAGAGAUUAUGGUGGGUUUGAACAAAAGUGACGUGCCUUCAUCAAAUCGCCUAAGCGCUCAAUCGGUCCCCAACUCAAGUGUCAUAGCUAUCCUGUGUAAGUGAGAUCGUCGUUCUCUAUACUGUUUCAGUACAAAUUCAACUUCUUUUUUUUAGAACUGAGGCAAAGUUGAAAAUACCUUCAGUUUAACUCCUAAAAAAUGCUUGGUUUUCAAAAAAAAAAGUUUAAAGGAUAGUUCAAGCAUCUUCGAAAAGCUUGGGUUAUUGUUGUUUUGAUGAAAAGUUAAUGAGAAUAAUUAGAUGGAGGAUCAACGAGAAUUCUGAGAAUUUUUUUGAAAUAUAAUGCAAAGUACGCGAAAAAAAUCGAUGUUUAAAAAAAUUAGAAUAAAUUUUUCAAAAAGAGAGCUUUGAAUACGAAAAAGAAAAAAAGACUUUCACAAAAGUUAAUGGAAUAAGAGACUUUCGGUCUUUUCUCUGAAAUUUUUCCGGAUGGUGAUUGCGUACUUGACACUGUAAUCGACGACAAUGAAUGUAUUACAUUCAGCGAAAAUUUGGUUCUCCAUCAAAAAACUUUUCAAUACUUGUUCUUCAAAGUCAAAGGGGAUUUUGGCAUAGUUUUCGAGAUGGAAAUUUCCCGUCAAUUUUUUUUUAAACAAUGUCCAACAUGCUGUGCUUCCAUUUUGUCAUGCGUUUGACCACUUCUAAAAGCUUCAAAUUCACCUCGAAGUCUUCUGCUCCUAAUGUGCCCGUGUGUCAACCGCUUUGUCUCUUUCCACUGUAAAUUUUCCCGCUUUUCCAUGUUCACUCCAACUUUUUGUGUGCUUUCGCCUUCUAACUCUGUCUUCUGCGUAAAACGGCAUUUUUCAAAGUUUCUCGCGUAACUUUUUCACCUUGCUCGUUUGUUGUCGAAAUGUCUAUCCUACAGAAAACUUUUCACAAAACUACAAUAUGAGUGAAGCUCGUAGGCAUGAAGCAAUAUUUCCUCUCUACUUUCACUAUAUUUUCUGGGAUUCCGUGAUUUUUGCUUUACUUUUUUGAACCGUAGUUCGAAACUAUGCGCCUGUUUCAUAACUUCGAGUCGCACGUUGGAUUAUUCCAUUUUGACCUUUAAAAGUCAUAUAAUUCAUUCCUUGCUGGCUUGAGACCAUUUUUUUGACAGUCUGUGAAACAGUGAUACUAUUUUCGUCCUAAGCUAUCAGUGAAUGAAGAAUAGGUUGAAGAGUAACUUCUGCACGCGUAGUUACAGUUUUGGCUGGAUGUUCAUCAGUUUUGCGGGUCUUGUAGCUGGAAAAAAGAUCCAAAUUGCCUACAGGAAUUUUCCAAAGUGUUUCAAGGCGCAGCAAAAAAACUUGAAUUGUAAACGUUCAUUCAAAAAUAAAUUCCGAAGUGUUUUUUUUUCCCUUUUUUUCAAGCUGAAAAUUUUUAAAAACAACGCGAGCUGAAAUAUUCAGACAGAACUGUACCCUUUUCAAAAAAGCUUCCAUUUAAAGAUACUGAGCCGAUCGUCAACUUUUAGUCGAACAAAAUCUGUUGCUUCGUGUUGAACUAAUGUUUGAUGUCUCUUUCGAAGAUUUUGUGCUCUAGAGUUUCAUAAUGAAUUCCUCGAAUUUUGCAGAGAAUGGCGCUGACCAAGUCACUGCACGAUCUUCAUCUGACGACACUUGAAGCCGGGCCUGGGCCGUCGUCUUUCAGGCCAAAUCGGGCCGUAUCGGCCUCCGGUCGGCCUUCUAACGAAUGCGCCGAUGGCCCUUCCACUUCCAACCAUCAGCUUCCCUUCGAGUAG